AUGGUAAACCCAGGCAUUCGCAAAGUCAGGGGUGUGGAAAGAGCAAAUCAGGAUAUUGAAAAUAUGUUGACCACGUGGAUGCAAGACAAUAAUAAUUCACAUUGGAGUAAGGGUUUGAGAUUUGUGCAACUCAUGAAAAACAGAGCUUUUCACGCUGGUAUUAAGCAAUCUCCUUAUGAGGCACUUUUUGGGUGUAAAGUAAAAGUUGGUUUACAGUUACCCAAUGAUUUCACGCAAAAUGUAGAAACUGAAGAAGAUUUGGAGAAAAUUAUACAGGACCUUACCAAAAAAGAAGAAGAUCCCGAAGUCUAA